UCUCGGCUCCGCCCGCCGCCACCCUUUUUCCCGCGUGUCUCUUGCCCCCGAUCCCAUCCACCUCUGCUCCAGCGCCAGCAACUCCCGCCGUCGAGCUGCAACUCCCUCCUUCUGCUCUAGCGUCACCACCUCCUCGCGCUUCUGGCUCCCCACCCUGCUAGGCGCUAGCGCCAGCGACGGGCGUGCUUCCGAUGACACCACCAGGCGGCGGCGCGAAGGAAUAUAGAUAGAUAGACGCAGCAAAUAAAUCUUUUCUCUCGCCAGUCUUCCAUCUUACUCCAAGCCCAUCUCCACAAUGGCGGAGCAUUGCAAGAUCUCUGUUGCCAUGGCAUCCGAGGAAAGGUCGUUUGUGCUCAAGGUAAGUGAGUACUCAAGAGCCAAGGCACUACUGAAGAACGGCGAGGCCGUGACCUCUACUCCUUUCAGUGUUGGCGGACACGACUGGGCCUUGAGAUAUUACCCAAACGGCAACAAGGGUUCUGCCGAUUUCAUAUCUCUUUUUCUAGUAUUACUCGAAUCUGCCGAUGCCAAAGAUGUCAAGGCGAAAUUCAUGCUCUGUGUACUUAAUAAGAAUGGACAACCGCUGCCUUCAUACAGCCGUACGUUCCCUAUGGGUACCUUCUCAGGCGAAGGUGAUAGCUGGGGUUACCAUAACUUCAUCAAGAAGGCUGAUCUAGAAGGAUCACAGCUUCUGAAAGAUGACUGUCUCACCAUCACGUGCGAUGUCACUGUCAUAAAGGAGAUCCACGGCGAAGAAGAAACAAGGGUUCCUCCAAGCGACUUGCACCAACAUCUCGGCGACCUCCUCAACAGCAAGGAUGCGGCAGACCUGACCUUUCAAGUCGGCGGACAGACACUCUCUGCUCACAGGUGUGUCCUCGCUGCUCGCUCAUCCGUCUUCAAGGCGGAGCUCCUUGGCGCUAUGAAGGAGAGUUCUGCCGUUAGUCCUAUUGAAAUUCAUGACAUGGAAGCUGAUGUGUUCAAGUCCUUGCUCCACUUUAUAUACACCGAUUUGGUUCCUUCUGUGCUUGAUGUGGUGAUAGCCAGCCAUCUGCUCGUAGCGGCUGACAGAUACAACAUCGUCAGGCUGAAGCUGAUAUGCGAGGAGAAAUUGUGUAAUCACAUUGAUUCCAAAAUGGUAGCCACCAGUUUGGCUUUAGCAGAGCAGCAUGGUUUCCAUCGUCUCAAAGAGGCUUGUUUGCAGUUCCUUGCCUCUCCUUCCAAUUUCAAGGCUAUGAUGGCAAGCGGCGGUUAUGAGCAUCUCAAGUCUAGCUGCCCAUCGGUUCUCAAGGAGCUCAUAGCUAGAAUCCUCCCGGCUGAAUGGGACGUGGCAAAGGAUAUGGUCAUGGAAAUUUAGUAGUAAUGCGUUUGGUACUUUUAUAUAUAUGGCAUCCAAAUUUAUAGUACUCUACUUCAUGUAUGGCUGCAUAUUUAUGUUUCAGAACAAAAAUGCUAUUGUAUUUAUCAAUCACAUUCAAUCGAGUCACAUGAGUGGCUAGAAAUGUUAAUUUCUUUCCUUGCGAGAUAAAAGAAAGUAGUAUUAUUUAGACUGCACAUCUA